CAGCUCUCUAGACGCGGGGUCAACGCUCAUGGCUGAUGAUGUCAGGUACUAACAACGUCGCCCAGGCCCGCAAGCUGGUGGAACAGCUGCGCAUCGAAGCGGGGAUCGAACGCAUGAAGGUCUCCAAAGCCUCGUCAGAGCUGAUGAGCUACUGUGAGCAGCACGCCCGCAAUGACCCCUUGCUGGUUGGUGUGCCAGCCUCUGAGAAUCCGUUCAAAGACAAGAAACCCUGCGUAAUUCUCUAGCCCCCACCCGCCCCCGCAC